AUGGGGAAUUGCUUUGUGUCUAAGAUGGGUAAUUCUAACCCAAGCAUCAGUGAUCGCAGCAUCACCACUGGACCUUCCACUGCAGGUGGAAACUCUCACGUGACAACCCAAGUUGUAGGCACAUAUGGUUAUGCUGCUCCUGAAUAUGUUGCAACAGGUGAGCUUUCAGAAGUGAAUAUUUUAGGAAGGCUUUCACAUCCUAACUUGGUGAAACUUUUGGGAUAUUGUUGGGAGUACACAGAACGCCUACUUGUGUACGAAUUUAUGCAGAAAGGAAGCUUGGCUGACCAUCUAUUCAGAGAGAAUCCCGCCAUUGAACCUCUUUCAUGGGAUAUACGGCUCAAAAUAGCCAUAGGUGCAGCCCGGGGCCUCGCUUUCUUGCACACUUCGGAGAAGAAAAUUAUUCACAGAAAUUUUAAGGCCUCUAAUAUACUACUAGAUGUGAAUUACAAUCCAAAAAUAUCAAAUUUUAGCUUAGCACAAUUGGGUCCCUCAGGUGGAAACUCUCACGUGACAACCCAAGUUAAUCCCGCCAUUGAACCUCUUUCAUGGGAUAUACGGCUCAAAAUAGUCAUAGGUGCAGCCCGGGGCCUUGCUUUCUUGCACACUUCGGAAAAGAAAAUUAUUCACAGAGAUUUUAAGGCCUAUAAUAUACUACUAGAUGUGAAUUACAAUCCAAAAAUAUCAAAUUUUUGCUUAGCAAAAUUGGGUCCCUCAGGUGGAAACUCUCAUGUGACAACCCAAAUUAUCGGCACAUAUGGUUAUAUUGCUCCUGAAUAUGCUGCAACAGGUCAUCUUUAUGUGAAGAGCGAUGUGUAUAGUUUCGGUGUUGUGCUGCUUGAGAUUUUAUCAGGUUUACAGGUACUUGAUUUCAGACUCCCCAGCGGCCAACAUAAUUUGAUUGAUUGGGCAAGGCCUCUUCUCUCUCACAGAAGGAAGUGGGAGACCAUUAUGGAUGCGCGAAUUAAAGGCCAAUAUUCUUCUCAGGCAGCGUUACAGGCCGCUAACCUCUCCCUAAGAUGUCUCGAACAUGACCCUAGAAAGCGCCCCUCCAUGAAAGAAGUUGUGGAGGUGUUGGAACAGAUCGAAACCAUGAAGAAGGAGCCAUAA